AUGACGGCGUUGCUCUCGUGGGUGAAUCUGGUGCUUUACGUGAUACAGCUCAUUGUAAAUGGAAAUGCAGCACGAUACAUUGGUCCCAUGUCGCGUCGCUACGAGACACUGAUCACGCCUGCGCCGUACGCGUUUAGCAUCUGGAGUUUUAUCUACCCGCUCCUAGCUAUUACCGUCGUUGUCGACUGCUUCUGGCCCUCGUUCUCGUUUUACCAGAGUGCCCCUAAUGCCAACGUGAUGCGCGCGCUUUUCGCUGUUUCGUGUCUUAUGAACAUGGGGUAUUUACUGUUCUUCACCAGCGAAUACGUGAAUUUCGCUACCGUCACAAUCGUGAUCCUAUGGUCCUCACUCUUUGUGCUUUACUUACAUAUUACCGCGGAGCGCCGUGAUGCUGAUUUUAAUGCUAAGAGGUAUGUACUUAGCGAGCUUGGAAUUAUCGUCUAUUUUGCUUGGACCUCCGCUGCCAUGGUCAUCAGCUUCGCCGUCACAUUCCAGUACGUAGCUGGCGACUAUCUAUCACUCACAACAUAUUUGGCGCUGUUGUCGCUGCUGUCGAUUGGCGCGCUAUACACUGUCAUCUUUGAGGGUGACAUCGCAUUUGGUCUUGUUGCUAUCUGGGCAUUUAUUGGCCUUGCUGUCAAGAAAACCUCACUGGCAGAGCACAUUGAACUUAUCGCGAUGAAUGUCCACGCGUGUGCUCUACAGAGUGCCGCGAUUCUUGUUGCUUUCAUUGUUAUCUCGUUCGCACGCAAGUUGUUGGACCCCACCACGCAAUUUCUUUCGCUGCCAUUAAGCGCUCCGCUAUAUGGCGAGAAACCUCUUAAUUACGGCACUACCCAUGCGUAA